ACAUGCCGUUAUCCACUAGGUAUGAAUGAUAAGACUAUCAAGGAUGAACAACUCUCGGCUAGCUCCGUUUAUAUGAACAACACACUCUCUUUUGGACCGCAAAACGCAAGAUUACAUCUCAACCAGGGUGCUGGGGCCUGGUGCCCGGUCAAUGCCCAGCCGGAGUCCAGCGGUCACUAUGAGUACCUUCAGGUGGACCUUCUCAACCUAACGGUCAUCUUAGCCUUGUCCACGCAGGGUAGAUGGGAUACCGACUUUGGGAAUGAAUUUACGAGUCGUUUCAGGUUAGAGUUGUCCAGGGAUGGCGGCAAGACGUGGAUUCGAUAUGUGCAGAUGACAGGAGAAGAGGUUUUUAUUGGAAACCGUGACACCAACUCUCAGAUCACGGUCCAUAUCAGCCCUCCCAUCGUGGCCCAGGUCCUAAGAAUCAUUCCAGUGGUCCAGGUCCAAACACCAGUCUGCAUGAGGGUGGAACUGUAUGGAUGCAAAUGGCUGGACCAUUUGAAGUCGUACUCUAUGCCGAUUGGCGAUACCCGUGGAGACUAUGUGUUUGAGGAUGACAUGUAUGAUGGCUAUACUUUUGAGGGUCAGAGAAUGAACGGACUUGGUCAGUUGACUGAUGGAAUGCUCGGACAUAGUAACUAUCGCCUCAGUCCCUACAACGUUCCACAAGGAUACGAGUGGGUUGGUUGGCGAAACACUACCCACCCCAAUCCGGAGAUCAUCUUCGAGUUCGACUCGCUGCGCAACUUCACCAGCCUCGGAUUCCACGUCAACAACUACUUCACCAAUAACGUUGAGAUCUUUGAGGCCAUCGAGGUCAUGUUCAGCGUACGCAAGGGCCACUUCUCGCCUCGGGCCAUCUACGAGCCGAUCCGGCCCGACAGUGACCAUCAAGAUGCCCGGUGGAUAACGGUCAAUCUUCGGCACCGUGUGGCCCAGUGGCUGAAGGUCAGGCUCAUUCACAGAGGAAAGUGGAUCCUGAUUAGUGAAGUGUCAUUUGAAUCAGAGGAUCUCCCUGACAACUAUGACACUAGCACGGCCACAUAUGACACACCCGUAGUUGGCCCGCCGUCUGCAGGUCCUGCUGACCACACCACAGUGUCCACUACAGAUGCUGACCAUGUCGUGCCACAGACUGGUAACGGAACGCAGAAACCAAAUCUUAUUAGCUCAACAAAGCUAAGUGAAGGAGGAGUAUCCCACACACCUACCAAUGGUUCACCGAUCGGUACUGUCAUCAGCGUCGUUGUCACCGUCCUUCUCCUCCUCGUCCUCGUGUUCGCACUCCUCCUCUUCCUCUACCGACGCAAGUACAUCAAACUCAAGCACCGCCUCCCAACCCUUGCCUUCGAAGCCAACUGCAACGGGGGCGGGGCCACUAUCAACAACUGCCCCACGAUCGCGACGAUGACGACGGUACCGAGUCGGCGUUCCAACCCAACCUACCAGAUCACGCAUCCAGACGAUGAGCCGCAGUACCAUGUGAUUGAUAAUAUGAUGGCGGAAAGUGAAGACGAACUGGAUAAUAUGUCUGAUUCUUCAAGAAUAUAUGCAGAGCCUGAGAAUCCCACCUGUACAUAUAAAGACAAGCAUAUGCUGCAACAUUAUGCUGAAACAGAUCUUAUCAAUAUACAGGGGGUGUCAGGAAAUACAAUAUAUGGAGUGCCAUCUCAGUGCAUGGAGAAGCUCAACAAUAGUCGAUUGCCUUGCCCAGAAUAUCCGAGGUCACAGCUCAACUUCUUAGAGUUACUCGGAGAGGGAAUGUUUGGCGAGGUUCAUCUAUGUGAAGCUGAGGAUAUCCAAGAUUACAUUGGGAAUGGAUUUCCAUUUGAAAAUAAAAACAAGGGAGAAAGAACUCUGGUCGCUGUGAAAAUGCUCAGAAAAGAUGCCUCCAAAAAUGCCAGAGCGGACUUCAUGAAAGAGAUGAAGAUCAUGUCGCAGCUCCGUGAUCCCAACAUCGUCCGUCUCCUAGCCGCGUGCACGGAGGAUGAACCAUACUGUAUGAUUGUGGAAUAUAUGGAGAACGGGGACCUCAAUCAGUUUCUUUACGAGAGGGAAGGGUUCCAGGUUGGCCUCAAUAACUGCAACGCUAACCUAUCCAAUGCUAAUCCAAGAUCAAUAAGUGUCGGUGCUCUCGUCUACAUGGCCACGCAGAUAGCCUCCGGUAUGAAAUACCUCUCAAAUAUGAACUUUGUACAUAGAGACCUUGCCACCCGCAAUUGCCUCGUCGGGAAAUCUUACACGAUACGCAUCGCCGACUUCGGCAUGAGUCGGAAUUUAUAUUCAUCCAAUUACUACAGGAUUGAAGGGAGGGCCGUUCUGCCUAUUAGGUGGAUGGCGUGGGAGAGUAUAUUAUUGGGCAAGUUCACAUCGAAAACCGACGUAUGGGCGUUUGGUGUGACGCUGUGGGAGGUGAUGAUGCUAUGUCGGGAGCAACCGUACUCAAGGCUCACUGACGAGCAAGUGAUCGAAAACACGGGUCAGUUCUUUGAAAAGGACGGCAAGCCGAUGUAUCUAGCCAAACCGCCGCACUGUCCGAAAGACAUUCAUAACAUCAUGAGACGGUGCUGGACGAGCGAGCCCACCCAGCGGCCGACGUUCGACUUCCUACACACGUUCCUUCAGGCGCGGAACAUCGGUUACGAGCCACCGGUAGCAUCAUAGUGAAUUCCCAGUAUUGUCAACGCGUUAUGGACGCUCUGUUUUGAAAUGUGUCGUACAGAUAUCAGAACUGAAGGAGCAGAAUGGACCAUUACUAGUACUAUACUCAGAGGAAGGGAAGAUAUGACGGAAAAUUCUUCUGCUGAAUCUCUCUCUCUUUCUCUUUACGUUUUGCCCCCCCCCCUUUCUCACUCUCACACUCCCUCUCUCUCUCUCUCUCUCUUCUUCUUCAAUCCACUCACUAUAUGUGAUAUCACAGAAUCUCCAUUGUAAUUAAUAUUCAUUGCAUUAUCAACAAGAAAUAAUAAUUUCUCAUGCAAAUGGGAGAAAAAUGUUGACUUCAGGAUACGAUGUUAUUGGUGAUCAUUUGUGAUCAGUGGGAAGAACUUGAAUCUCACCAAUCAUCCAGGAUCAACUCUUUAUCCUUGCAUCUGAUUUGUACUACUCAUCACAGCAAUCGUGCAUUAGUGAUCAAAGCCAUAAUUAGCGUUGUCUAAUUCUCUCUCUGCCACCCUCUUUUCUAAAUUAAGACAGAAGGCAGUCCCGCUUGUUGCUACGUUCAAUGUUACAGAAGUGAAAUUGACGUAAUUAUCAGAAUAAAAACAUUGUUCAAUUGUCAUGUAUUCCAGAUAUCGUUUACAAUGAGAGAAUUCUUGUUCCGGUUGUGAACAUGCUCACGCUACUCUGUAAAAAUAUUGACAUUCUGAAAGAAUGAAAUAAGUUUUGUCCUUUUGCAUCAAAUGCAUUUCGAUUUCAAUUUCCUACCCAUGAAAAUGUUCAUGUCAUGUAUGGUGCUUAUGUUAUUGAACGGAUAAAUCAAAUCCUUUAAUAAUUGUUUUAAUAAUUGUUUGACUAAUCCCACCAGACUAUGUUUCUCUAAAAUUUCCAAAUUUAAAAAAAGUUGUUAUAGUAAUAAUGAUAAUACAUGUAUUUCGUUCUUGUACAUGUAUAGCACAUAUCACAUUAUCUUCUAAUGUCGAUUUGCACUUUCAAAGAUUUUGGGAUAUUAUUACCCUUGAAUAAGUCUUCGUCUUUUAGCAUUUAUAUCUCUUUCUUGAUGAGUAUAUUCAAAAGAUAACUAGUUCCACAAAAACUAAGACAAUUCUGGAAAUUUGAAAGUAUCCAAUAAUAAUAAUAAUACUGGUAAUAAUGAUAACGGUAUAUUUACCCAGGGUAGCCACUUCAGUUCCGAAAACUAUUCUCCCAGCGGGCCCUGUUAUUAUUAUUACCCGGCUAAGCUAGGCUACCUAUUCAGGUGCACACAGCUUUUUGAGGAAUUACUUCCUGCCGGUACCCAUUUACCUCACCUGGGUCAAGUGCAGCACACUGUGGAUGAAUUCCUUGCUGAAGAAAAUUCAACAACAUCAAUAUAAAGGUUGUGUUGUCUCAAUGGUCUUAUAAAUGCUUCUUGUGCCUACAACUUUCUCCAAUAUUGAUUUUCUUCUUUUUUUAUCGAGGCUGUAAAUAUUUUUGCAAAUUUGUAUAAGAUGGUGUAACAUACGUUAACACAAAGAGGGGAAGAUCGUCAUAAAAUUAGCUUUUUUUAUACUGCCUUGUUGUGUAUAUUGAAAGAGAUGAACAUAAUGUAAAACAAGAUUAAGAGAUUUUGGAUGUGAAUAUUGGUCAUAUUUUGGACAAAGAUCUGUAGGUAUCUUGUAUGUAUGAUGUAUUUAAUCUGAAUAUAAAAUGGAUAUAAAGAAGUACUGAUUUUAUCUAUGUUUGAUCGGUUUAUCGAUGAAAUAAACAUAUUGUUGCUAGCAUUCCAUGUGUGCUGUCUGAUUGAAAAAUAGGCAUGGUUUAAGAAUGUAUGUUUCACAUAACUUUUUUUUGUUUUUUUAUCCCAGCAUUAUCUUACUCCAACUAAAGCUACUGAUCAGACAUAUGUGAUUGUUUAUUGUUGAAUAAUUUUUACUUUAAUUCACAUAAAAAAUGAUUACCACAUUAAAAUUGAUUUUGUUUAUAAAUGUAGCUGUAAUGAUGCAUAAUAUACAAAUAAUACACGUUUACGAGGGCAAUAGUACGAAUUAUACACACAAGGUACCUUUGGAACAGCUCUUACAUGCCUGAGGCAUAGCCGAGGGUGUUUGGACUAUUCCAAAGGUAACUAAUGUGUUUAAUAAUUCUACGGCAUGAGCAAAGUGAUGUGUAUUUCUUAUGUACUUUUUAAUAUAGUGAUAUGGAUCCUUAUUUGAUAACCAUCCUCAUCUCAAAUCCAUUGCCAGUCAAUAGAACUGGUCAUUAGUACCAUUCGUUAGCAAAUUUUCUUGUUAGCCAUUGAAUUCUUUUUUACAGAUAAAUAGCGCUAUACAAAUGCUAUUCAUCAUCAAAAAAUAAAUAAUUGAUAAAUUUCUGCCAACCUCUUGAUUAGGAUCCAUAUCACCAUUUUAUAAUAGAAAACAUAACAAACUUGCACUUGAGUGUAUGCACUGAUGGGCUGAACUGACUCCAUUUAUUUCUAGGAUAAUAAACUUUGAUUAAAAAAAAGAAAGAAAUAGUAUAUUUAGUAAUGUAACAAAUGUUUGGUGUUGGUAGUGAAAGGGUCAAUAAAAUCUUUGAUGUGUUCCCUUUUCUUCAUUUCAGGCCCCAUUCUUUAAAAGAUCAUCAAAUAUUGUGAUUUAUGCACAAGCUAUUGAAAUAGUAGAUUAUGAGAUUACUAUUCAUGGUUGAAUAUUCCAGUCCAUAUGUCCUCAGUUCGUUUAUUGUUUGUAUUCACAUUUUGGGGUUGAAAUAGUCUGGUAAUCAUAAUUUCAAUUGUCCAUGUACUAUGUAUAUAAUACUUAUGCCAAAGUAAUGAUUUAUAUGCCAACUGUAUAUAAUUCAGCAUUAUUUUUUAUCACGCUGUGCUACUUGUUCAAAUUGAUUCAAAAAUAUAUAUAAUCUGUGCUCUUCAUAAAUUUUAAGAUAUUUAUAAUAAAAAAGGCCCUGGAAUGUGUCGUAGGUGGAGUUUAAAAAAAUUUAUUCACUUUUCAUUGAUUGGACCUAUUUUAUUUAAUUGCUUUUUUUUUCACUUAUUCUAAUCAAUUAUAAAGUAACAGGAUUUUAUAUUCUCCCAUGAUUCUUUUUAUGUAUAAUCUUUAUUUGUCAAGUUCAAUAUUCUACACACUUAUUUUCUUGUUUUAUCUUUUUUAUGAUUUUUUUUUGUUAAAGGGCAGGAUGAUUGGUUAUUCUCUCGUUAAUUGAUUUAUUUGUUAAUUUUGAGGGUCCAAUUGCAAUUUAACCCUGUACUAAUUACAACGCCAUCAAAUCACUAGUAAUCUUCCCUCCAUUUGGGUCACCUGUCUUUGAAGGCAAUAUUAUUUUCCCUUGAAUAUAGUCAGGGGCGGAUCCAUGAUUUUCAAAAAGGGGGGGGCAAAUUUUUUGGAGGAAAAUUUUGAGAAGCCAAAAAAAAAAAAUGUUUUCAACCACAAAUUAAGGAUAUUUCGUACCCAAAAAAAUUUGACAAGCAAAAAAGAAAAGAAAAAAAAAGUCUUUAAUUUCAAAAGGGGGGGGGGGGCACAUUUCGGUUUCAAUGGCAUUUUUACAUUACAAAUUUUAAUUUUUCUUCUCAAAAGGGGGGGGGCACAUGCCCCCUGUGCCCCCCCCCCCCCCCUGGAUCCGCUGAAUAUAGUGUUUCCCACGUGUUGACUUGCAUUCACAAUGGUAUCCAAGGGGAGGGAGAAACAUAUCUAAUCACAUAAUCCAAACGGUUGGGGGAGGAGAGAGUGACAUAAUCACAGCAUCGCCAUCAUAUUUGAUCGCACAAUAAAAGUGAAUCAAAAUAAGGCAAGACUAGACAACUUUAUGAGGUAGUUACAGGAUGCAUUACAAAGAGGUAUUUAUUUGGGAUAUAAAAUAUUAAUACAUGUAUUCAUGUGGUAAAGGAGGUCUGAAAGUGAAGACUAUUAGAUGUAUUUUUAUUUAAAAUUAAACAAAAGAAAAUCUGUUCAAUGGAGCACUCUUAUCGAUAUUGUAUUGAUAUUUUGCUAUUGUAUUCUUGAUUGCAUACACUUGAUGUUAAAUGUUAUUAUCGGUCUCAAUGUUGACUUUAAGAUCGCUUAUUUUGCAAUAAACGAAGCUAUCAAAGUUUUA